AUGGAUAUAUACCUCGUCACGGGCAACAAGAACAAAAGAUUGGAGUUCCAGCAGCACAUGAAUGGCGAACUGGAGAUUCAGUUCGCCGACAUUGAUUUGAUUGAAAUACAAUCCAAUGAUAUCGUCAAGGUAAACGAGCACAAGGCCAAGAAGGCUCAUGAAAUUAUGAGUCGUGAUGCCUCGGGGGAGAGUAAGACGAGACGGAAACUAGUCAUCACGGAUGAUACUGGACUCUACAUGGAUUGCCUUGGUUCUUUUCCUGGCCCAUACAUAAAGUGGAUGCAGAAGAGCUUGGGUUCGCAAGGAAUUGUGGACAUGGUCACGAAGCUCCAGAAUAACAAGUGUCACGCCAUUUGCGUGUACUCCGUGUACGACGGGAAGGAGGUGCACUCCUUCCAGGGUGUCACUCAGGGAAGGAUUACCGGUCCGCGAGGAUCUACUGACUUCGGCUGGGACAAUAUCUUUUCCCCUGAGAACUGCAACAAAACUUUCAGCGAAAUGUCCUUGGACGAGAAGAAAGAAUCUUCGCCGCGUUUCAAGGCCUUCGUUCAGAUGAAGGAUUUCCUACUGAAGGAACUGAUCAAGCAGAGCUCGUAA